AUGGGGCGGUGGACCGGCGUCGUCCACGUCCCGCUCUCCCAAGGCGCCCCCCUCUUCCGCGUCGCCGCCUCGCUCAUACUCGCGCCCUCCAAAGCCCUCGCCGUUCCACGCGCAAACGCGAUCCUCUUCACGGGCGACCGCGUCCCCGGCACCGGCGAGCCGGCGAUCGAGCGGCUGUCGGACGCCGCCUACCUCGCCAAGCUCCUCGCUGGGAAGCUCGCCGGGGAAGCCAACGCGUGGGUGGUCGAUGCCGCUUGCUUUGCCGGGCCGUUUGCGGUCUACCGAGAGCUUGUGCCGGCCGUGGACACCGUUGGCGACCCUGAGCGGUAUGACCCCACUGGCCUACCGGCGGCGGCUGGCGUUGCCAACAUCUUGGCACAUUGUAUUCGGGAGAUACAAAAUAAGGUCACGAGGGGGUCAUUGAAUGAUUCCGCAGGCAAUCAAGAACCUACUGCAUCAUUGCUACCGUCGUGUGCUCCUAAAACUACCAUCCUGGGAUUCAGUAAGGGUGGAGUUGUCGUCAACCAGCUUGUGGCAGAACUUUCUUACUGGGCCUCAAAAUCAACAAAAAGUUCAGUUGAUGUUUCACAGCGAAGCCCAUCCCUCUUGACCGGUGAUCUACUCGUUCCUGCUACAGCUAGUGAUGUUUUAUCAAGUAUUUCCGAGUUCCAUUAUUUGGAUGUGGGCCUCAAUUGUGCUGGAGCAUACACUACUGAUCAUGCGGUGAUCAAGGGGAUAGCCAGCUAUGUUUCCCAGACUAGUGAUACUCUCCGUUUUGUCCUUCAUGGGACUCCGAGGCAGUGGUCUGAUCCGAACCGCCCAUGGAUCCUGGCCGAGAAAAACACGAUGCUGCGGUUGCUUCAGGACGAGGCUAAGAAAUGUGAAGGGAGACUGAUGCCAUCUGAAAAGAAGUAUUUUGAUGGUAGACCACGCAGUCUGCUGAUGCAUUUUGAGAUUCUGGAAGCAAUGGACAUCUGCUGA